AUGAAUAAUCAAAAUUUUAAUUAUAAUUCAAUACAGUAUUUAAAUCAAACCGGAGGUGAACUACGUCGAGAUUCAAAUAAUGGUGACGAAACUAAUAAUACUUCAAAUAUAAUGAAUUAUCAGUACCCUGGAGGUAAUGAAUUAAUAUCACGACAAUACAGAGCACCGGUUUCACUGCCGGCUUCCGGUGGUGUUGGAGUUGCACCUCAUCAGCAAGCACUGCCGACAACAGCAUUGCAAAACCCACCGCAGUAUACAAAUAAUUAUACACAAACAUCAAAUAUACAAUACUAUUAUCCGACCAAUGCAAUGCAACAGCAACAACAACAGCAACAACAGCAACAACAGCAACAGCAACAGCAACAACAGCAGGCUAUCAAUGGUAUACCCAGUUAUCCAUAUGGCACUAAUAUACCGAAAUCUAUAUCCCCAACUAGUACACCUUACCCAAUACAACAAGGGUACAAUCCAUAUCCAGAUACGUUUUUGAAAGAGAGUUCAAGAAUCAAUAAUAUAGUACCUAGCAAUUACCAAUAUCCUGGCUUUCAACAGUACAACACUGGUGGUAACAUCACAAGACCGAUGUUGCGCCAGAGUUCAGCAAAUGCGAUAUACAGUAGCACUACGACCCCCAUGUAUCCAUAUAGUGGCGGUAAUGGGAGUAGUAGUAGUGGUGGUAGUUUCAAGAAUGGUGAGAACAGUGAAUUUUUCAUGAACAAUGGAUUGAACAAUUUAUCUACUAUGAUAUGGGAAGAUGAAGAUACGAUAUGUUACCAAGUGGUAGUCAAUGGAAUAACAGUUUUGCGUCGGGAUGACAACAAUAUGAUCAAUGGGACCAAGCUGUUGAAUGUGACCAAGAUGACACGAGGACGUCGAGACAGGAUAUUGAGAGCCGAGAAGAUUCGACAUGUGGUUAAGAUAGGGUCUAUGCAUUUAAAGGGGGUUUGGAUUCCGUUGGAGAGGGCUAAGAGGAUGGCACAGAUGGAGAAUAUAUAUAAUAAGUUGUAUCCAUUAUUUGUUUCUGAUAUCCAGUCGGUGAUCCGACAGUAUCAAAGGGCUAGUGCUGGGGGAGUAGGCGUGAGUCCGGCCGGUGUGAUGCAGCCUGGACUUGGACUGUCAUCUGCGACAGUGGUGGAAUACGGUGAAGAUAGCGAGCAUACGAAUGUCGAUAACGAUAAUAACGAAACCAAUCAUAGUCAUAAUAAUACUAAUAAUAUUAAUAUUAAUCAUAAUAAUAAUCAUAAUCAUAAUCAUAAUCAAACUAAUACAAAUAAUAAUCAUAAUCAUACUAAUAAUCAUACUAAUACUAAUACUAAUACUAAUACAAAUACUAAUACUAAUACUAAUACUAAUAAUACUAAUCAUAAUACAAACACUAAUAUAAAUCAUAAUCAUAAUCAUAAUACUAAUCAUAAUCAUAAUAGUAGUAGCACUAGCACCAGCACUCAUACUCAUACUCAUACUCAUACUCAUGCUGAUACCAGUCAGAAAGACAUUGAUCGUACCGCGUAUACGACAGUGUCUCAGCAGCACCCGAUACAACUGCCCCCACCACCCGAACCACAUUACUAA